CUGUAGUAAAGUUACCAACUCCAAACUCAAAUAAAAAGAUAUGAACACUCGACUUCUUAAACUCCAAGGUUUGUUGAAUAUUUAGUUAUUUACUUUAUAAUGUAAAGUUUUUCUUGUUCAAGCAUUACUUUUGUAUAAGAGAAAAAUAGAAAGAAGAAAAGAAAAAUAUUUUGUCAAUUUGCCACUUGCUACUUAAAAGAAGGUGACAGCACGAGUCAUUGAAACCUAGGGCAGAAAUGCAAGCAUGGAUGGAGAUUUUUGGUAAUCACCCAGCAAAUUUGAACGCAAGAAAGUUAGAACGUGAACUUUCUUUGAAAUUUUGACAUCCGUUGUUUACUUUACUAGGUCUUUUUCUAUAGUUAGUGUUUUCUUUUAUUGAAUCUUUCUUUAACCGCCUUCUCUUUUUGGUCUAUCUCUGUUUUUAUAUGAAGAAUAAAGGAGAUCUCAUAAAGAAUAUCUAGAAGAUAUAGUCCAUUAAUUCUUUUAUAUCCCCGUCUGUACCAGUUUCUUUAUUUCCAAUAUUUAUGUCUUCUUCAAGAAGAUAAUAGACAUUUGCAGUGAGCAUUUAAAGAAGAAACUUUGGACUUUCAACUGAAUUUUUAAAGAGGUGUAUGAUAGGGGAAAGAAAAUGGUUCGGGAAUCGGUCUCUGCAAUCCGGCAAUCUCGACGUCAACUCUACAAAAGAACUCUUUUACUUGCAUACCAGAGUUUUGGAGUUGUUUAUGGGGAUUUAUGCACAUCCCCUCUGUAUGUCUAUAAAAGCACGUUUUCUGGAAGUCUACGGCUUUAUGAGGAGGACCAUGAGAUAUUUGGGGUACUUUCUCUAGUUUUCUGGACUUUGACUAUCAUACCUCUUUGCAAGUACAUUAUAUUUGUGUUGGAUGCAAAUGACAAUGGUGAAGGCGGAACAUUUGCAUUGUACUCGUUACUCUGUCGACAUUCCAAAAUUGGGUUUUUAAAUAGCUCGCACAUGGGGCAUGAAUGUGUAUCUUCUUACGAUUUUUCUAUGCCUACCAAGGAGUCAAAAACUAGCUUGCUUAUAAAGGAAUUCUUUGAGAAUAAUCUUUCUUCUCGCAUUGUGUUGCUGUUGAUUGUUCUGCUUGGAACUAGCAUGGUUAUUGGUGAUGGAAUCUUGACCCCAACAAUGUCUGUUUUAUCUGCUGUCUAUGGAAUCCAAAUUAAGGUUCCAAAUUUACAUGAGAAUUAUACUGUGGCGAUCGCCUGUGUGGUUUUGGUGGGGCUUUUUGCACUCCAGCACUAUGGAACACAUAGAGUUGGGUUUCUAUUUGCUCCAAUCUUGUUAGCUUGGUUGCUAUGCCUCGCCGGGGUUGGCAUUUAUAAUAUAUUCAAUUGGAACCCUGGCGUGAUCAAUGCUCUAUCUCCAUACUAUAUCUAUAAAUUUUUCCAGAAAGCUGGAAAAACUGGAUGGAGUUCACUUGGAGGCAUUAUUCUGUGUGUUACAGGCACAGAAGCUAUGUUUGCUGAUCUUGGCCAUUUCUCACAACUUUCUCUCAGGAUUGCAUUUACAGGAGUUGUCUAUCCAUGCUUGGUUCUUGCUUAUAUGGGUGAAGCUGCUUACCUUUCCAAACACAAAGAGGAUCUUCAAAGAAGUUUUUACAAGGCCAUACCAGAGGUCAUAUUUUGGCCAGUAUUUCUCAUAGCCACUCUUGCAACUAUAGCGGGAAGCCAAGCAGUAAUUUCAGCAACUUUCUCCAUCAUUAGCCAGUCUAGAGCCCUGAGUUGCUUCCCAAGAGUAAAGAUAAUACACACAUCAAAAAAUAUUCAUGGGCGGAUAUACAUACCAGAAGUAAACUGGACACUAAUGAUGUUGUGUCUUGCUGUAGUUAUUGGAUUCAGAGACACUGCAAUGAUCGGCAAUGCAUAUGGUCUUGCUGUGAUUGCAGUAAUGUUAGUCACAACCUUGUUGAUGUUCUUGAUCAUUAGUACUGUGUGGAAGCGAAAUGUUUUGUGGGCUGUCCUGUUUGUCUUGGUGUUUGGAUUUGUAGAAUCGUCUUAUUUCAUUUCAUGCCUUGCCAAAGUACACAAAGGAGGCUGGCUUCCUCUGGUGGUCUCUCUAGUAAUAUUGUCUCUGAUGGCAAUAUGGAACUAUGGGACGUCAAAAAAACUGGCAUUUGAGUUGGAGAACAAGGUUGGCUUGGACAGCUUGUUGAGCCUUGGAUCAAACCUUGGAAUUAGAAGAGUUCCUGGAAUUUGCCUUGUUUACUCUGAUGUUACAUCUGGUGUUCCCCCAAUGUUCUCUCAUUUCGUCACUAACUUUCCUGCAUUCCAUCAAAUUCUCAUAUUUGUAACUCUUCAGUCUGUGAUGAUCCCAAAAGUUCCACCUGGCGAACGUUUUCAUGUUGCGAGAGUUGGACCCCCAGAGUUCUCCCUAUUCCGCUGCAUUGUCAGGUAUGGAUACAAGGACAUGAGGGACUGCCAUGAGUUGGAAACUCAGCUGAUUGAAAACUUUUCGGGAUUCCUGAAAUGGGAAAGGCACAGCAAAGAAAUGGCAAUAGCAGAACCAGUUGAGAACAAUAGCAGGCCAAGCGGAAGAAGAGUGAGCUUUCAAUUAACUUGGGAAGCAAAUAAAGAGGUUGGAGAACUGAUGGAAGCAAAAGAAGCUGGUGUCUCUUACAUGAUGAGCAAUAUAAGUGUCAGAGCCAGUGAAGCAUCGUCUUUUCUGAAGAAAUUUGCCAUUGACAUUGUGUAUGAUUUUCUCAGACGCAAUAGCAGGUGCCCUGCAACUUCACUUGGGCUUCCACACGCCUCCCUCAUUCAAGUGGGUAUGGUUUAUCGAGUCUAAUAGCAACAGUUUAUAAUUGUAUAUACAUAUAAACAGAUUUAGGUCCGUUUUUACUCAUCCACAGAAGCUUGAACGAUAACGGUAAUAACUAUACGUACAUGCACAGCAAGGCAAAAAAAAAGGAGGGUACAGAAAAAAAAAAAAAAAAAAA